GAAAUCGCGCGAGAUUUCAGCAGACGAAACGUGACUUCCGCAUUGGCACGAGGGAGAGUUUGAACUGUGUUGAUUUUUGGUUGAUUAAAAAAAGCCGAACUUUGCUUAGGAUGUCAACCAGUGGUUCUGUCUCAAAGGCCUGCUUCGUCUUCAAACCUAAAGCUGGUAAAAGGAAGAAGAAGCUGAACCCUGCUGACUACUUUGUUGAUGAAAGUGGUGCCAGGACAGAGGCAACAAGAGCAAGAUGUGAAACAUACCAAAUCUUAUGGGAAGACAUGAACAAAGACAUAGAGGCAUUACAGACAGACAUCCAUAAGAAGGUGUUUGAUGACCUGGUCGGGUAUGUGGGAUCCACACACCCUGGGUUCUGUCUGGGGGAAGAAAUACAACACAAGGUUUCAUCAAACGAGAUCCCGACAGCAGCGCUGGUCACUGGUGUGAACAUGCCUGAUCACGGCAUGAUCUUCUCCAACCUGACCUCCCUGCUACAGGACAACAUCACACCUUAUGUAGCCAGGCUGCAGGCUAAAGACUGUUCAGCCAUGAAGAACAUAAUGUCAAAGGUCAUCAUGCAGUUUAUGGACAACAAGGAAUUGCUAGAUGAUGAUGAUGAUGAGGUGCAGGUGAAGAGGAUCAGUCCCACAAUGCCUGUGCUGUGUGGAUGGUAUGCUGAUUCUGUAAAGAGAUCCCAGUCUCCAAACAAGUCUCCCAGUAAGAAAAGAAAGACGUCCUACGGUCAGUACCCUCCACUGGUCAUUGUGAUGGAGGAUCUGGAAGGCUUCCCGGCCCAAGUACUGCAGGACUUCAUUAUCAUCUGCAGUCAGUACCUGAGCAGGCUCCCCCUGGUGCUAGUAUUUGGUAUUGCAACUACAGUAACAGCAGUGCACACCCUCCUGCCCCACUCUGUGUCAUCACUGCUGUGUAUGGAGAAGUUCCAGGCACAGCCAUCUACCGAGUACCUGUCCCAAGUUAUCAACAAGACACUGUUGUCCACCAAGUACCCCUUCAAACUUGGCCACAGGGUGUUUCAGCUGUUACUGGACAUCUUCCUGUACCAUGAUUUCUCUGUGGUGAACUUUAUCAGAGGGUUACAGUUUGCCAUGUUGGAGCACUUCUUUAAUGACCUGGGAAUGUUGUGCUGUGGGGUCAAACUGAGAACCUCCAGGAUUAGGGCCAUGGACCACCGGGAGUUAGAGGCUAUCAGGAAAACAUCCUCAUUCAGGAGAUAUGUUGAGCUGCAGAAGCCUCAAGAACAGAGAGAUCUCCUCUUGAACGACAAACUCACCAAGGAUGUCUUCAUCAGUCUGCUUAAGGAUCUGGACUCCUAUCACACCAUGUGCUAUCCCAUCCUGCACUGCUUACAUGCCCUGACAUGCGGCCUUCCCAGACACCCUCUGGGUAAACAGUUGAGAGAGCUGUAUUCCCUGGUGUUGGAGUCUAAUGUGUGGGAAACACAGGGAUAUAAGGAUGCCUUCAACUUACUCAGGCUGAUGGCCAGGGAUGACCUGGUGAGUGUGUUAGGGCAGUGUGUGGAGAAACUGGAGGGCUGGACAGAGUCAGAUGUUUCUGAUGUCAUCAUGGAAGUACAGACAUACAUGGCACAGCUGGACAGUCUUGGAGAUGGAUCUCAGGAGGAACAGGAAGAGCCUGAGGAGAGACCAAAGGAGAGGCUGUCCAAGACAACAAAGCUGCAUGAUCUACAGAAUAGGUUACGAGAAUCUGCAAAGCAGAAAAAGAAGCUGACAAAAUAUGAAGUUUUGAGGAAUAAGAUUCUCGACUACUUGGAUGAAAUUUUCAGAACACACCUGCCCUCCCCCACUACCCUGCCCCUCCAUGAGGUGUACUACUAUAGAGUGUCCACUCUAAGGAGACACAUGAACGCAGCACCUAGAGCUGCUAUACAGACUGCACUCAGCAAUCCUUAUUACUAUCUUCAGGAUGAGACUCUGAAGUCUGAAGAUGGCACAAUCCCAAACACUGCCCCUGACGUGUGCAUUGCGUACAAACUACACCUGGAGUGUGGAAGGCUCAUCAAUCUGUAUGACUGGCUACAGGCAUUUGUGAUGCUGGUUCACUCAGGAGAAGAGAAUGAUGGUGCAGGGACUUCCAAACAGAACAAAGUGGAUGAAGUUUUACAAGCUCGUUUCAUCCGAGCGGUGUCAGAACUCCAGUUUCUCGGCUUCAUCAAACCCACCAAGAGGAAGACAGACCACGUGGCCAGGCUGACGUGGGGAGGCUGCUGAGGAAGUAUUGUACCAUCAUGGGUCAACUAAAAAUGUACAACUCAGGAGAGGCUAGGGAUACUUGGCACUGGGAAUACACAGGAACAUGUACACAAAUUUCUUAAGAAAAAAUCUGUAUAUUCAUAUAAAAAGUGCCUCCAAUUAAAAUUUAUACCUUAUGUUAUAAACUAUCCUGUAUAACUUCAUGAAACUUAUAACAUAGCAUUACCUCAGAGCCUUAAUCGACUCAUAUUAAAAAGGUUGCAAGAGUCUGAAAAGAAUCAUGGUUUAUUCCAAAGCAAACUUGGUACAAAGACGACUGCUUGUACCAAUAGAUAUGAAGCAGAUUUCUCUUUGCAAUAGAUUGGUGACAUUAAAAGUAUGAAAACAGAAAAGAAAACAACUAUUACUAUUACUAUUAGAACAGCCAGCCAUUUUGUAGCCACUAGUCAAUAAACUAUGUGUGAUGGUUGUGUCAUCAUUACAACUAGUUUAUUUGCUGGUACAUGUACAUUUGUAGGAUGUUGUGUUAACUAUUUUUUUGGAAUGCAAAAAAUAAAGUAUCAACAAGU